AAAAGUGUGCUUGCCCAUAUGGCGGUUUGGUGCCACAAACUCGCGGGAGGACGGGUACUUACCUCGCUCACGUCCUCGGCCUCGCUGACUUCGGGCGAGGGGGCUGAGUGAGAAUCAGAAGAGGCUGUCGGCGAGAACGACGAGUACGCCGAGGACGACGAGGACGACGAUUGCGAAGACAUUAUUCGGGUAUCAGGAUUUAACGCCCUACGACACUGUUUAAACGGGUUGAAACGAUCCACCGUGGGCGCCGCCGCUUGUUGUGUGGCGCUGCCGUGCCGUCGUGCCUUCUGCAGAGUCCUCUCUGUUGCCGGACUGCCGUGCACUGCCGCCACCCCUUCCAACCCCCUUCCCCCUUCCAUUGCCAUACCCGUACCCCCUCUCCAUACCCCUUUCAAAGGUAUCCCCUAGCCGACUUUAACUUUGUGUCGCGGGCGGCCUGGCUUGGCCUGGCUGGUACACGAUCCGACUUGCACGGGUCGGAUGACGGGAUGCGCUGGCUAGCACACUAGCCAGCCGGCAAACAACUCCCUUCCGAGAACUCCCUUCACCUGCUUGCGGAUGCUGAUCCGGGGCCUCCUGGCUGCGAUGACGGGCUGCCUGUGGGCGGCGUCGGAGACGGAGGCGUCCAAGAGCCGCACGCAGCCCCGCGUGCCCGGCGUGCUGGCCGCGGGCGUGCCCAUGUCGCCGUGCCCCGGGGUGUUCCGCUACGAGCGCCACAACGUACCCGGGGGGUGGGCGGGGGUGGUGACGGUGCCCGCGCCGCCCACCAACAUGCCGCUGGUGCUGCGCGUCGACCUGGCCAUCGCCGCGGCCCUGACCACGAAGUACGCCGGGACGCUGCAGCUGCAGGAGGGGCGGCGCGCGCUGCUGGCGAGGUUGGCCAGCGGCGACCGGCGCCCCGUCCGUUACACGCUGCGCUUCCCCGUCGGCAUGCCCCUGCCCGCCGUGACGCGCGUCCACGCCAUGGGGAAGGACCUGUGCCGCAACUGGGGCCCGGGGGCGGCGGGAGGCGGCGCCGCCACUGGGGGCGGGCUGGGCGGCCAGGGCGUCACGACAACCAUCAGCCUGGAGCACUCGGUGCGGCCGGAGCCCGUGCUGGAUGACGGGCCUCAGCAAGUGCACGCGGCAUCCACGACGCCGAAACCGCCAGGCACCGUGCAGCUGUUCCUGCAGAACGACGGCGACUCCUCGGCGUCGGCCGCCAGCACCGCCAGCACCGCCAGCGCCCCGGCGGACGGCGUUGUCGCAAGCGAGGACGGUGACGAUGACCAAGGUGGUAGAUGGCACCUGUUUACAGGAAACUAUCCUCCAAAGAAAUUUUCUGUAACUGAACUUGUCCUCUGUGCAGUGUGCGGCCGGCCCGUGCACCACCGGCUGCUGGUCGCCGGCGGCGGCGGCUCGGACCCUGGCGACUGGCCCUGGCUGGCAGCGGUGUUCGCGUCCACGUCCCUGGGGCUCGAGUACCACUGUGCGGGCACCCUCGUCUCCGCCGGCCACGUCCUCACAGCCGCCCACUGCGUGCACCGCCUCAGCCCCGAGUCCCUGCUCGUGUACGUCGGCCGGCACAACGUGCGCAAGUGGACCGAGCCGCAGGCGCAGGCCAGGGAGGUGGCCGUCGUGCACGUGCACCCGGACCACCAGGCCGUCAACUACACCGCGGACGUGGCGGUGCUGCAGCUGUCCGAGCGCGUGGCAUACGACUGGUUCGUGCGCCCCAUCUGCAUCGACUGGACGGGGCCCGAGGCGCUGGCCGCGGUGGUGGGCCGGGUGGGCACGGUGGUGGGCUGGGGCCGCGACGAGCACGGCCACGUGCUGAGCCCCGAGCCGCGCGCCGCCAGGCUGCCCAUCGUGUCGCAGGAGGUGUGCCUCCGGAGCAGGCCCGAGUUCCUGCACGUCACCUCGGAGCGCACCUUCUGCGCCGGCUUCAGGAACGGGUCGGGGCCGUGCAACGGCGACAGCGGCAGCGGGCUCAUGCUGGAGGGGCCUGGCCACACUGCCACUUCCGGUCCCUGGUUCCUGCGUGGCGUCGUCUCCCUGUCGCUCAUGGACGGCGAGCGGCGCACCUGCGACCUGAGGCACUUCGUCGUGUUCACGGACGUGGCCAAGUUCCGUGCCUGGCUGGGCGCGCUCAUCCGGCCGCGGCCUGCUCGGGGAAGACCGCCCGCCGCCGCCACCAAGCAGGUGGAGACGCAGACGGACCUCGACGAGCAGCCCAUCUGGGACUCGGACCCGCUGCCCAACCGGCGCUGAGACUGACAGACUUCCCUCGCGGUAGAGCUUAUUUAACUUGUGAUAGGUAAAACGUUACCGGUGACUCAACACUUUUAGUUAUUUUUCUUUGUAAGAAAAAUAUGACAGGAUGUUUUUAGAACCACUUUGUUUGGUUUGAUGAUACUGACCUGAAUGACUUGUAGAAGGAGCAGGAAGGAUAAAUAAAUCAAGAAUCUACCAUGUAUGAA